UAAUUUUCCCUAUGUCCUCGCUGUAUAAAGUAAUGCGCCCCUGUUCGUCUUCUCAACUAGUGUUCUCUCGCUCUGUCUCUCACAUCAGUCAAAAAUGGCGAAAGUCAACAAUCUUCGUCUUCUAUUCGCUCUCCUCGCCUUCUCCUCCUUUGCUCUCACAGUCUCCUCUGAUGAUUGUGUGUAUACGGUCUACGUGAGAACGAGCACGAUCUUAAAGGGCGGCACCGACUCCAUCAUAAGCCUUGAGCUCAGCGACACAUCGGGCGGAACCGUAUCCAUUCCGAACCUAGAGUCAUGGGGUGGGCUCAUGGAAUCCGGCCACAACUACUUUGAGAGAGGCAAUCUCGACAUUUUUUCCGGUCGUGGCGCAUGUCUUUCGGCCACGCCCUGUGGUAUGAACCUUACAUCCGAUGGCUCUGGCUCUCACCACGGAUGGUUCUGCAAUUACGUCGAGGUCACCAUCACCGGCGUGCACAUGGGCUGUGCCCAGCAACUCUUCACCGUGGACCAGUGGCUCGCUCGCGAUGCUUAUCCCUACGAACUCACUGCGAUCAGGGAUUCUUGCGACUACACCAUUCGAGGUGCAAAGGCAAAUAGCGCACGUCGCUUUUCGAGUGCCAGUUCAGAGGGGUCGAUUCGCUCUGUGGUGUGAGGUACCGGUAUAUAAUAACUCGUUUAGUCACUUUGUCGAGUCAAUUCGUACAGUGGUCGCUUUUAUCAUGAGUGGAAAACUCGAGAUGUUUCUGAGUUCUUGUUUAAAUAUAUUUUCCUACCUAUAUUUGACAAAUAAAUGGGCCUCUGCCAGUCUAUUGGUAAUUUCAGCCGAUUUUAUUUGAA